AUGUGCCCUGUACUUCCCUCUCUGUCCCCAGAGAAGCCAAGUGUCUUCUCCCAGGAGCUCACGGAUGCCACAGUCAUGGAGGGGGAGGAUCUGACCCUGGUCUGUGAGACCACUGUCCCGGACAACCCUGUGCAUUGGACCAAGGAUGGGAAAACCCUGCGGGGGUCGGCCCGGUGCCAGCUGAGCCGUGAGGGCUGCCGAGCCCAGCUGGUCAUCACUGGCACCACCCUGCAGGAUGGCGGGCGCUACAAGUGUGAGGCUGCGGGUGCCUGGAGCAGCUCCAUCGUCAGGGUCCACGCGCGGCCCGUGCACUUCCGGGAGGGCCUGAAGGACAUGGAGGUGCUAGAGGGCGGUGCUGCCACACUGCGCUGCAAGCUGUCAACGGUGGCUGCACCUGUAGAGUGGCGCUGUGGAGAUGAGGUCCUGCGGCCAGGAGACAAGUACAGGAUGCGGCAGGAGGGUACCAUGCUGGAGCUGGUGGUCCGGGACUUGCAGCCCGGCGACAGCGGGCAGUAUGUCUGCUGCCUCGGGGACCAGACAACCUCAGCCACGCUCACCGUGAAGGCCCUGCCUGCGGAGUUCAUAGGAAGACUGAGAAGCAAGGAGGCCACGGAAGGGGCCGUGGUAACGCUGCGCUGCGAGCUGAGCAAGGCGGCCCCUGUGGAGUGGAGGAAGGGGCUCGAGACCCUCAGAGCUGGGGACAGAGUCAGCCUGAGGCAGGACGGGGCCGUGUGUGAGCUGGAAAUCCAUGGCCUUGCGGUGGCAGAUGCCGGGGAGUACUCGUGCGUGUGCGGGCAGGAGAGGACGUCGGCCACGCUGACGGUCAAGGCCCUGCCUGCGAAGUUCACAAAGGGUCUGAGGAAUGAGGAGGCCACUGAAGGGGCAACGGCCACACUGCGCUGCGAGCUGAGCAAGGAGGCGCCUGUGCAAUGGAGGAAGGGGCUCGAGACCCUCAGAGCUGGGGACAGAGUCAGCCUGAGGCAGGACGGGGUCCUGUGUGAGCUGGAGAUCCGAGGUCUGGCUGUGGCAGAUGCCGGGGAGUACUCCUGCGUGUGCGGGCAGGAGAGCACAUCGGCCACACUGACCAUCAAGGCCCUGCCCGCCAAGUUCACAAAGGGUCUGAGGAAGGAAGAGGCCACAGAAGGGGCCAUGGUAACGCUGCGCUGUGAGCUGAGCAAGGCGGCCCCUGUGGAGUGGAAGAAGGGGCUCAAGACCCUCAGAGCUGAGGACAGAGUCAGCCUGAGGCAGGACGGGGCCGUGUGUGAGCUGGAGAUCCAUGGCCUGGUGGUGGCGGAUGCCGGGGAGUACUCGUGCGUGUGCGGGCAGGAGAACACGUCGGCCACACUGACCGUCAGGGCCCUGCCCGCGAAGUUCACAAAGAGUCUGAGGAAGGAAGAGGCCAUGGAAGGGGCCACAGCCACACUGCGCUGCGAGCUGAGCAAUGCGGCCCCUGUGGAGUGGAGGAAGGGGCUCGAGACCCUCAGAGCUGGGGACAGAGUCAGCCUGAGGCAGGACGGGGCUGUGUGUGAGCUGGAGAUCCGGGAACUGGUUGUGGCGGAUGCCGGGGAGUACUCGUGUGUGUGCGGGCAGGAGAGCACGUCGGCCACAUUGAUCAUCAAGGCCCUGCCCGCCAAGUUCACAAAGGGUCUGAGGAAGGAAGAGGCCACAGAAGGGGCCAUGGUAACGCUGCGCUGUGAGCUGAGCAAGGCGGCCCCUGUGGAGUGGAGGAAGGGGCUCAAGACCCUCAGAGCUGAGGACAGAGUCAGCCUGAGGCAGGACGGGGCCGUGUGUGAGCUGGAGAUCCAUGGCCUCGUGGUGGCGGAUGCCGGGGAGUACUCGUGUGUGUGCGGGCAGGAGAGCACGUCGGCCACACUGACUGUCAGGGCCCUGCCCGCGAAGUUCACAAAGAGUCUGAGGAAGGAAGAGGCCAUGGAAGGGGCCACAGCCACACUGCGCUGCGAGCUGAGCAAGGCAGCCCCUGUGGAGUGGAGGAAGGGGCUCAAGACCCUCAGAGCUGGGGACAGAGUCAGCCUGAGGCAGGACGGGGCCGUGUGUGAGCUGGAAAUUUGUGGCCUGAUGGUGGCGGAUGCCGGGGAGUACUCGUGUGUGUGCGGGCAGGAGAGCACAUCGGCCACACUGACCAUCAAGGCCCCGCCGUUGGUAUUCAGGGAGCCUUUGCAGAGCCUGCAGGCUGAGGAAGGCACAGAGGCCAGGCUGCGAUGUAAGCUGUCUGAGCCCAGGGCUGUGGUCUGGAGCAAGGGUGGCCUGGAGCUGCAGGCCGACGAGCGCCGGGAGCCACGGCAGCAGGGCUGCAUGGUGGAGCUGGUGCUGCGGGACCUGCGCUGGGAAGAUGCGGGCGAGUACACCUGCACCUGUGGCUCCCAGGCCACCAGCGCCACUGUCACUGUCACAGCUGCACCCGUGCGGUUCCUCCGGGAACUGCAGGCCCAGGAGGUGGAUGAGGGUGGGACGGCACGCCUGUGCUGUGAGCUGAGCCGGGCGGGCACCAGUGUGGAGUGGCGCAAGGGCUUGCUGCAGCUCUUCCCCUGCGCCAAGUACCAGAUGGUUCAGGAAGGCAUGACUGUGGAGCUGCUGGUGCACGGUGCAGACCAGGAGGAUGCUGGACACUACACCUGUGACACAGGCCACGCACAGAGCACUGCCAGACUCUCAGUUCGCGCCCCCAGGCCCAUGUUCCAGACUGAGCUGCAGGACGCAGAGCAGGAGGUGGGCAGCCUGGCCCGGCUGUGCUGCCAGCUGAGUGAGGUGGAGCCUGGGGCCCCUGUGCAGUGGCUCAAGGAGGGUGUGGAGCUGCACACUGGCUCCAAGUACGAGAUGCAUCACCGGGGGGCCAUGUGUGAACUGCUGAUCCACGGGCUCGAGGCCAAGGACGCGGGCCAGUAUGCCUGCGUGGUGGGUGGCCAGAAAACCAUGGCCUCUGUCAAGGUCAGAGCCCCCCAGGUGACCAUUCUGGAGCCCCUGAAGGAUGUGCAGCUCAGUGAGGGCCAGGAUGCCCAUUUCCGAUGCCGGCUGUCCAGGGCCUCUGGCCAGGAGGCUCGCUGGGCCUUGGGAGGAGUGCCUCUGCAGGCCAACGAAAUGAAUGACAUUACAGUGGAGCAAGGCACACUCCACUCGCUCACUCUCCACAAGGUGACCCUCGAGGAUGCAGGAACCAUCAGUUUCCAGGUGGGCUCAUGUAGCUCAGAGGCCCAGCUGAAGGUCACAGCCAAGAAUACAGUGGUGCGUGGCCUGGAAAACGUAGAGGUGCCCGAGGGGGGCGAAGCGCUGUUCGAGUGCCAGCUGUCCCGGCCAGAGGUGGCUGCGCACACCUGGCUGCUGGAUGACCAGCCCGUGCUCAGCUCAGAGAACGCCGAGGUGGUCUACUUCGAGAAUGGUCUGCGGCACCUGCUGCUGCUCAAAAACCUGCGGCCUCAGGACAGCUGCCGGGUGACCUUCCUGGCUGGGGAUGUGGUGACCUCAGCGUUCCUCACUGUCAGAGGCUGGCGCCUGGAAGUCCUGGAGCCCCCGCGGGAUGCGGCCGUGGGGGCAGGAAGGCAGGCCCACUUCAGCUGCACGCUCAGCGAGGUGGUGCCCGUGGGCGAGGCAACCUGGUACAUCAACGGGACUGCAGUGCAGCCUGACGACGUGGACUGGAUGGUGACCGCAGAUGGCAGCCACCACACGCUGCUGCUGCGCCGCGCCCGGCCGCACCACGCCGGCGAAGUCACCUUUGCUGCCCGCGAUGCCGUGGCCUCCGCGCAGCUCACCGUGCUGGGCCUCCCGGAUCCCCCGGAGGACGCCGAGGUGGUGGGGCGCAGUGACCACUCCGUGACGCUGUCUUGGGUGGCCCCCACAAGCGAUGGCGGUGGCGGUCUCUGUGGCUACCGGGUGGAGAUGAAACCAUCGGCCACUGGGGAGUGGCAGCUGUGCCACGAACUGGUGUCCGAGCCGGAGUGCGUUGUGGAUGGCCUGGCCCCUGGGGAGACCUACCGCUUCCGCGUGGCGGCUGUGGGCCCUGCAGGCGCCGGAGAGCCCGUGCACCUGCCCCAGACAGUGAGGCUCGCAGAGCCCCUGGGACCUGCGCCCGCGCCCCUAGCUCUGGAGAGCCGGCAGGUGGCGGCCGGCCAGGAUUUGCGUCUGGAUUGUGAGGUGGUGGAGGCUGGAGAGGUUGUCUGGCUGAAGGGAACGGAGCGCAUCCAGCCUGGGGGGCGCUUCCAGGUUCUUCGCCAGAGUGGGCGACAGACGCUGGUGAUUCGGGACUUCUCAGCAGAGGACCAGGGCGAGUACCGCUGCAGCCCUGCCAGGGAUCCCAUCUCUGCUGCUGCCGUGGCCUUCCAGGUGGUGCUGACACCAGGAUCCAGAGAUGAGGUCCCUGCACAGCCCAGCCUGCCUCCUGAGGCGGCCCAGGAGGGUGACCUGCACCUGCUGUGGGAGGCCCUGGCUCGAAAGCGCCGCAUGAGCCGCGAGCCCACACUGGACUCCAUCAGCGAGCUACCUGAGGAGGACGGGCGCCUGCAGCGCCAGCGGCAGGAGGCAGAGGACCUGGCCCCUGACCUAUCUGAGGACUACUCCACAGCUGAUGAACUGGCACGCACUGGUGAGGCCGACCUCUCACACACCAGCUCUGACGACGAGUCCCGAGCAGGCACUCCUUCCCUGGUCACCUAUCUCAAGAAGGCUGGGAAGCCUGGCACCUCUCCACUGGCCAGUAAGGUUGGGGCUCCAGCAGUCCCUUCUGGAAAGCUGCAGAAGCAGCAGAAACAGCCAACCACAGUGUGCCCGCCACCAGGAGACCUGAGUAUUGAGGACCUCAGUGACCCAUCUCUGGACAAGGCAGCCAUGAAGAUCCAGGCUGCCUUCAAGGGUUACAAGGUGCGGAAGGAGAUAAGGCAGCAGGAGGGGCCUGUGUUCCGGAGCACAUUUGGAGACACUGAGGCACAGGUGGGGGACACCUUACGUCUAGAGUGUGUGGUGUCCAGCAAGGCAGACGUGCAAGCUCGUUGGCUGAAGGAUGGAGUGGAGCUGACGGAUGGCAGGCACCACCACAUUGACCAGCUCAGGGACGGCACCUGUUCUCUGCUGGUCGCUGGCGUGGGCCAUGCUGAUGCGGGCUGCUACACCUGCCAGGUGAGCAGCAAGUUUGGCCGUACGGUCCACAGUGCCCACGUGGCUGUCAGCGGGACGGAGAGUGAGGCUGAGAGCUCCUCUGGUGGAGAAGUGGAUGACGCCUUCCGCCGGGCAGCCCGGCGGCUGCACCGCCUCUUCCGCACCAAGGGCCCAGCUGAGGUUUCGGAGGAGGAGAUCUUCUUGAGCGCCGAUGAGGGCUCAGGGGAGCCUGAGGAGCCUGGGGACUGGCAGACGUACCGCGAGGAUGAGCACUUGGUUUGCAUCCGCUUUGAGGCACUGCCUGAGGCCCGUCGGGCGGCCACCCACUUCCAGGAGAUGUUCAACAUGCUAGGCAUUGGGGUGGACAUCAGCCUGUUGGAGCAGGGACCCCGGGGGGUGGAGAUACGCAUCGCCAAGGUGGCCCUUGCCCCUGCAGUGCCUUUGGAGCCAGUGCCCAGCUUGCGGACCACAGAGGCUGCCCCAGUGUUCCUGACUGAGUUGCAGAAUCAGGAGGUGCUGGACGGGUACCCUGUGAGCUUCGACUGUGUGGUGACAGGCCAGCCCGUGCCCAGCGUGCGCUGGUUCAAAGAUGGGAGGAUCCUGAAGGAGGAUGACCACUACAUGAUCAGUGAUGACCAACAGGGCGGCCACCAGCUCAUCAUCACGGCUGUGGUGCCUGCAGACAUGGGUGUCUACCGCUGCCUGGCUGAGAACAGCAUGGGUGUGUCCUCCACCAAGGCUGAGCUCCGAGUGGACUUGACCAGCACUGACUAUGACACUGCCGCGGAUGCCACCGAGACCUCGUCCUACUUCAGCGCCCAAGGCUACCAGUCCAGUCGCGAGCAGGAGGGUGUAGAGUCUACGUCAGAAGAGGGACAAUUGCCCCAGGUGGUGGAGGAGCUGAAAGACCUCCAGGUGGCCCCCGGCACACGCCUGGCCAAGUUCCAGCUCAAGGUGAAAGGCUACCCGGUGCCCCGCCUGUACUGGUUCAAAGAUGGGCAGCCCCUGACUGCUUCUGCGCACAUUCGCAUGGUGAACAAGAAGGCACUGCACAGCCUGGAGAUCCUGUCGGUUACCAGCGAGGAUGCCGGCCAGUACUCCGCCUACGUCAGCAACACUGUGGGUGCCGCUUACUCCUCUGCCCAGUUACUGGUCCAAGGCCCUAAUGACCCAGAAAAGAAGCCGGCAGCAGAUGUGCAGCAACAGCUGGUGCCACCCCGAUUCCUGGAGAAGUUCACCUCUAAGAAGGUGAAGAAAGGCUCCAGUAUUACUUUCUCCGUGAAGGUCAAAGGUCUCCCCACCCCCACUGUGCACUGGCUGCGGGAGGAGGCCGAGCAGGUGCUGUGGAUUGGCCAGGACACCCCGGGCUACACGGUGGCCAGCUCAGCCCAGCAGCACAGCCUGGUCCUGCUGGACGUGGGUCCACAGCACCAGGGCACCUACACCUGCAUCGCAUCCAACGCUGCUGGCCAGGCCCUCUGCUCCGCCAGCCUGCAUGUCUCUGGCUUGCCCAAGGAGGCAGGAUCAGCGGGAGAGACCGCUGGGGUGAAGGAGGCCCUCAUCUCCUCCUUUCUUCAGGGGACCAAAGCCAUCUCCGAACAGAUGCCUGUGGAUUUCACCAACCUUGCUGGGCAGAAAGGAGAACCCCUGGCAGCCGAGGCCCAUGGCCACCUGACCCUGGCUGAGGUGGGCACGGAGGAGUUCCUGCAGAAGCUGACCUCACAAAUCACGGAGAUGGUGUCGGCCAAGAUCACCCAGGCCAAGCUGCAGGUGCCUGGAGGUGACAGUGAUGAGGAGUCCAAGACACCGUCCGCAUCUCCCCGUCAUGGCCGCUCUCGCCCCUCCUCCAGCGUCCAGGAGUCAUCCUCGGAGUCGGAAGACGGGGACUCCCGGGGGGAGAUCUUUGACAUCUACGUGGUCACUGCUGACUACCUGCCCCUCGGGGCUGAGCAGGACGCCAUCUCGCUGCGGGAGGGCCAGUAUGUAGAGGUGCUGGACUCGGCCCACCCUCUGCGCUGGCUUGUGCGCACCAAGCCCACCAAGUCCAGCCCCUCAAGACAGGGCUGGGUGUCCCCUGCCUAUCUGGACAAGCGGCUCAAGCUGUCGCCUGAGUGGGGGCCCGCUGAGGCCCCCGAGUUCCUCAGGGAGGCCGUGUCUGAGGAUGAGUACAGGAUGCGGUUGAGCUCCAUCGUCCAGGAGCUGCUGGCCUCUGAGCAGGCCUUUGUGGGCAAGCUGCAGUUUCUGCAGAGCCACCACAUGCAGCACCUGGACCGCUGCCCCCACGUGCCAGCGGCGGUGGCCAGCCAGAAGGACGUCAUCUUCCGCAACGUGCCGGACCUCAGCCAGUUCCACAACAGCUUCCUGCAGGAGCUGCAGAGCUGCGAGACGGAUGACGACGUGGCCAUGUGCUUCCUCAAGAACCAGGCGGCCUUCGAGAAGUACCUGGAGUUCCUGGUGGGCCGAGUGCAGGCCGAGUCGGUGGUGGUCAGCACGGCUGUGCAGGAGUUCUACAAGAAAUACUCGGAAGAGGUGCUGUCGGCCAUUGACCCCUCGCAGCCGCCCCCACCGCCGCUGCAGCACUUCCUGGAGCAGCCGGUGCAGCGGGUGCAGCAGUACCAGGCUCUGCUCAAGGAGUUGAUCCGCAACAAGGCGCGGAACCGGCAGAACUGCGCGCUGCUGGAGCAGGCCUACGCGGUGGUGUCGGCCCUGCCGCAGCGGGCGGAGAACCAGCUGCACGUGUCGCUCAUGGAGAACUACCCAGGCACCCUGGAGGCCCUGGGCGAGCCCAUUCGCCAGGGCCACUUCAUUGUGUGGGAAGGGGCACCGGGUGCGCGGAUGCCCUGGAAGGGCCACCACCGCCACGUCUUCCUGUUCCGCCACCACCUGGUGGUCUGCAAGCCCAAGAGGGACUCACACACCGACACCUUCAGCUACGUGUUCCGGAACAUGAUGAAGCUAAGCAGCAUCGACCUGAACGAGCAGGUAGAGGGGGACGACCGUGCCUUCGAGGUGUGGCACGAGCGGGAGGACUCGGUGCGCAAGUACCUCCUGCAGGCUCGGACCGUCAUCACCAAGAACGCGUGGGUGAAGGAGAUCUGCGGCAUCCAGCAGCGCUUGGCCCUCCCCGUCUGGCGGCCCCCGGAUUUCGAGGAAGAGCUGGCCGACUGUACAGCCGAGCUGGGUGAAACAGUCAAGCUGGCCUGCCGUGUGACGGGCACACCCAAGCCCAUCGUCAGCUGGUACAAAGAUGGGAAGCCAGUGGAGGUGGACCCUCACCACAUCCUCAUUGAAGACCCUGAUGGCUCGUGCACCCUCAUCCUGGACAAUCUGACCAGCGCUGAUUCCGGCCAGUACAUGUGUUUUGCGGCCAGCGCUGCCGGCAAUGCCAGCACCCUGGGCAAGAUCCUGGUGCAGGUCCCUCCAAGGUUUGUGAGCAAGGUCCGGGCAGUGCCUUUUGUGGAAGGAGAGGACACCCAGGUCACCUGCACCAUCGAAGGUGCCCCACACCCUCAGAUCAGGUGGUACAAGGACGGGGCCCUCCUGACCCCUGGUGGCAAGUACCGGACCCUGAGUGAGCCACGCAGUGGCCUGCUGGUGCUGGAGAUCCGGGAGGCCAGCAAGGAGGACCUGGGCCACUAUGAGUGUGAGCUGGUGAACCGGCUGGGCUCCGUACGAGACGGCGUGGAGCUGUGCCUGCAGGGCCCUACCCUGCAGGCCAGGGAACCACACCGCCGCAGGGAGCACGUGGCUGUGGUGGAAGUCACUGAGCAGGAGACUAAAGUCCCCAAGAAAACCGUCAUCAUAGAGGAGACCAUCACCACCGUGGUGAAGAGCCCGCGUGGCCGCCUCAAGUCCCCCAGCAAGUCUCCCUCCCGCUCGCCUUCCCGGCACCCUGCCAGUUCACCCAGGUCGGGCCUGUCCGCCCCUGAGCUGCUGCAUUCACCAGGGGCUGGCCAACUUCGAAGGCCAGGGGAGGAGCCAGGCUGGAAGCCCCCUGUACCCACGCUGUACGUGACAGAGCCCGGAGCCCAUGCGCCAGCCCUGCCCAGGGGCACCGGGCCCAGGCCCAAGUGGGUGGAGGUCGAGGAGACCAUCGAAGUCCAGGUGAAGAAAACAGGCUCCAGGGGUGCGUCUCCAGCUAGAGAGGUGCCUGGCAGCUCAGCGGGGCUUCUCUUCACGCUUCCUGGUGGGACCCCCGGAGGAGACCCCAACACAAACAACUCCAACAACAAGCUGCUGACCCAGGAGCCCCUGACCCAGGGCAGAGUCUUCUGGGUGGACGCUGGGCUGGAGACCCAUGAGCUGUCCCCUCCUGGGGCCACCGAAGAGGAGGCCCCCCUGGAGGUGCAGGAGGGGAGAGGUGUCCACCUGAUGGAGGAGCCCCUGGGCGCCGAGGACCUUCGAGGCUGGGACCCCAAGAUCCUCACACGCGAUGGCUGUGUGCUGACGCUGGCUGACCUGGAGGAUUACACACCCCAGGAAGGGGAGACCUUCGGCUGCAGCAGCCCCGUGCCCAGUGUCUCCGACGACCCACCCUGCGAGGUCUCGGUGCUCCAGAGAGAGAUCAGUGAGCCCACUGUGGGACAGCCCAUCCUGCUCGACGUGUGGCGCCCCCCAGGCCCCCGAGCCCCGCCUGGCUUCUUCAGCUGCGUGCCCCAGGGAACAGCUCUGUCGAGGCCCCAGGUCUUCCGCCCUGUUGGUGUCUCCCGGGCUAGGGGUGCCACAUCCUUCUGCACCCAAGUCCAUCGCUCUGCGGACAGUGGCCAGAGCAGCUUCAAAACGGAGGUUUCCACCCACACGGUCAGCUUUGGGACAGUGGGUGAGACAGUCACCCUGCACAUUCGGCCUGACGGGGAUGAGGACCCCAGUCCGUCCCAGGGCUGAGGCUGCGACCCUCGACCCUCAAGGGCACAGGCGGCUGGGGGGUGAGACAUUGACGCUCUCAGAGCCAGUUUACUGCGGACAGGGCUGCAUGAGAGCAGCAGAAAGGGGCAUGGCCUUGGGGCCUAGGACCCUGCCUGGCACCGUACCUACCUGCUUCACAGCCGCUGUGAGUUUUGAGCUCAGGAGAGGGGCCUGAAGCCAGCACCUCAGGACAUGUGCUCUGACCACCCCCUGCUCUCCAGCAACUCGGGACUUCAGCUGCCUGUCCUCCCGGGGUCUUCAGCUGAGGACACUGUCCGCACAGCUGUAACCCAGAUUUACUGAGAGCUGUGGGGGAACAGCAGGUAGUCUCCGUCUGGGCUGUGGUCUCCCAUCUCUCUUUGCUGUGGCACACCCCUGCCCACGCCCAGGCUGCCCCAUCUCAGUGGGGGCUUCUUGGGGCACAUGUUCCCAUGGACACGGGGUGCCCUCUGCAGACUUUCCAGGCCUCCCCUGCAGCAGGGGCCAGGGUCUGGGUGGGAAGCAGCCCCUGCUAGUUGACUCCAUGAUGAUAAUAAACUGGCUCCCACACCCUGUA